CUUGUGGAAGCGGAUGAUUUGGGUCCAAGGGCGUGGAAACUACUACGUGAUGUGAUUCAGCCCAACACUCUCCCGAUGGUGAUCGUGCUCGAGAAGGAACUUGCUGCCAUCUCCAUGCGACCAGGGGACGAUGUGAAGCCGGUCCUUGACAAGAUCAAGGACACCUAUGCAAGGAUGGCAGCAGUGGGCAGCAGUGUAUCUCAGCUGCAGCAGUGCACCAAGAUCAUCUCGGUAGCUCCUUCCCUCUCAGGCAGCCGCUAUUUCUUGACAAUUGUGGAUGACCACACUCGGGCAGUGUGGGUUUACCAUUUGAAGAGCAAGGGGGAGGUGGCAGCGGCUGUCCUUAAGGAGUGGAUGCCUAGAGCUCAGAGGGAGUGCGGACACAAGGUGAAGGUGAUCCGCAGUCACAAUGGUGGGGAGUUCAUUGGAGCUGAUUUUGAGGGGGAGUUGAAGAGGAAGGGAAUCCAACAUCAACUGACAGUGCCCUACAACCCGCAGCAGAAUGACGUGGCUGAGAGGUAUUUGCAAUGAUAGAUCUUGAGAAGAUCUUUCCGACGCAACAAGAAUCCCUUCAAUCGGAGCAAGAACGCGAAAGCUAUGAAGAUUCAAAGUUCAUGAGCUUGCGUUACAAUUGCGGCGGUUACAAAGUGAAGUUGUGGGGUGACUCUAUAUGGAGUUGGGACCUUUGGGGUUAGGGAAAUUUGUCACUCUACUGUAACAGCUGCAAAUUGGUUGGGAACAACCAAGCUAGG